CCUGUUAUCUGUGUGUGUAGAGGCUACAGUCACCUAUCCAUAUCGCGGCGGAGUUCGGGUACACGGAAAUCUGCAAGGUGCUGCUGGCCGCGGGCGCCAACAUCGAGCAGCGAGAGCAGGGAGGCCGGACGCCGCUGUACAUCGCCGCCAGAGGGAGCUUCACCGCCAUCGUGGACAUGAUCAUCAAGACCGCCCGCCUGGACUAUCCGGAGCCUGAGGACAACUGCGAGGGAGGGCCGCAGAGUGCGGCACGGCGGAAGUGGAGGUCGCAGCAGGAGGGAGGUGUGGGGGAGUGCCAGGACAGACUGCGACCGGUCCUCCACAAGCUGGCACACAGACAACUGGACGCAGGAGACUGGAAGCGGCUAGCACACCACUGGGCGUUCACGGAGGAGCAGAUACGGGCCAUAGAACACCAGUACACAGGUCCCAACAGCUACAAGGAGCACAGCUAUCGGAUGUUAUUGAUAUGGAGCGAGGGUCUGAACCAGGAGGUGAAUCCCGUCAAGAGUUUGUGUGAGGGACUCUGUGCCAUUAACAAGAAAGCUGUGGCAGAAUCGAUAAGGAAGAAACUGAACGAAGACAUCGAGUUGCCCCAGAAGAGUGGACACCUGUGUUGUACAUCAUGUUCCAUGUUCUAGUCUCGGCACGCCCCAGCCCCUGGCUUCUAGACGUUGUAUGUUCCGUAGCACUGCGAUGUUCUGAACUGUGCUCUGUCGUCGUCAAUUACGUGAAAAACUGAAACCAUCAGCAUUUUAAGUUAAACACUGUACAUUGGAGAAUGCACACUAAAAAUAAAGGGAAGUCAUGCUAUA